AUGCCCCUUGAACUUCCAUCGCCGUCACCGGCAGCGGCAGCGGCACCGGCGACAGCCACGACCCCAGCAGCGCAAGCCACUCCUGGUUCAUUUGACACUUACUCGACAUGGCUACCGAUGCUGGCCAACUGUUCUGCCCCCAUGGUCCAAAACUCAGAUCUUAGUGCCUCAAGCUGUUCGAUGCAAGAGGAAAGUGAUAUGAGUUCGUACCCACCUGGUGGUUUUCUAAAUUUCAUGCAACGUUCUUCGAACUACUCACUUCAAGAGAAUCGUCACCAGGCACCCAUGUCGGGUAAUUUUGUUGACACGAGUAGCCGUGCUCAAUAUGCUCCAUUUGAGGCACAACAACCACAGAUGGCUAAAGCAAAGUCAUCUCAUUCAUUGCCUGAAGAAAACACACCACAUUCAGCACUUGGUUCCCAGGCUGCCGCUGCUCAUGUAGUGGACAUUGAUAACAUUGAUGGUAAUGGAGGCAGUCCAAGCACGUUCACAAAAAAGACACCAGAGGAAGUAGGCCUGCAAAGAGGAUGA